AUGCAUACAAAUCAACAUAUUCCAUCAUCAUCAUUGGAAGAUUUUCGUCAAACGAUUCACACAGUUCUUCAAUAUCGUUUGAAGCAACAAGUACUCCUUGUCCAUCCGAAGGAAUGGACGACUGCUCAAGUUGGAAAAUUUAUUCGACAUAUAACAAAUGAUUUUAUUGCACAAGAUUUUGUAAAAAAUGAUAUAGAUGGAGAAGGUUUAUUAUUAUUAUUAACAAAAGACGACUCAUUUUAUGAUAUGAAAAUUGUAUUAGGCCCAUCGAUAAAAAUAUUAAACAAAAUAACAAAUAUACGUAUGCUUGAACAAGUGUAUGCUUAG